CGUUGCACGUCUUUCGCGACAGUGGAGUGCUGGUCGGUUUGAAUUGAACAGAAGUACGGUGAGCAGCGAGUUCGGUGGGUGGUUCCUGCGGUACGGUAGGGUGUCCGCGCUCACGGCUGUUCACUCUUCUUUUGCUCUUCCCUUUAACAUCCUCACCACGGUUCUUUUUCUCACAGAGACACGGAAGAACGAUUGAGAGAACCGAUCGGAUAUAACGUAAAGCAGUGCGCAUCAGUCAUUGAAGUAUACGAUAAACGCGCGAAUCUCUGCCGGCCGGUAACGUGAUUUUGGGGGGGCGAAAGCGCAGGUCGGGCUGGUCGGGAUCCACGACACGACGGCGGCCACGGCGUGGCAAAAGUUGUCUGAUAGCCGCACGGCGUCAUCGAGUGAUAUCACGUUCGACGGUGAUACGACAGCGGGUUUGCUUGCCACUGCGAUUGCAUCGUUUGCAUGAUGUCGAAUGAGGAGGAGAGCACUAUACCGAACGUGAUAUACGACGUGAACACUGGCAAGAGUUACAUGAAGGGCCGGUUCUUUGGAAAGGGUGGCUUUGCAAAAUGUUACGAAAUCACAGAGUCAAAGUCUCACCAGGUAUUCGCGGGGAAAAUCGUGCCAAAGUCACUGAUGGCGAAAAGCAAUCAGAGAGAGAAAAUGACACAAGAGAUUGCGAUUCACCAAAGCUUGAGUCAUAGACACAUCGUUGGCUUUCACGGCUUCUUCGACGAUAGCAAUAAUAUUUACAUCAUCCUGGAACUCUGUCGCAAGAGGUCGAUGAUGGAACUGCACAAGCGCAGGAAAGCGCUGUCGGAAUGCGAAACACGAUACUUCAUGAAGCAAAUUUUAGAAGGAGUUUUUUAUCUGCAUCAGCACAGAAUAAUUCACAGGGAUUUAAAAUUAGGCAAUUUGUUUUUGAAUGAUGAUCUGCAAGUCAAGAUCGGUGAUUUCGGAUUGGCGACCAAAUUGGAGCACGACGGUGAACGGAAAAAAACUGUCUGCGGUACUCCGAAUUACAUUGCUCCAGAAGUGCUCACGAAAAUUGGACACUCUUACGAAGCUGAUAUAUGGAGUAUUGGUUGCAUAAUGUAUACUCUACUUGUGGGAAAGCCGCCUUUCGAAACGUCAAGCUUGAAGGAGACAUAUUCGAGGAUCAAACAAGUGCAGUACAAGACACCGCAACACAUUGGUAAACCUGCCAUGAAUAUGGUGGCGAACAUGUUGCAAUUGAAUCCUUCAAAACGUCCAUCCGUCUCCAAAUUAAUGAGAGACACAUUCUUUACUUCUGGAUACUUACCAACAAGUUUGCCGCUCUCAUGUCUGACAAUGGCACCACGUUUGGACAUGCUUGAGUCACACUGCAAUCGUAAACCACUCGGUGAGAUGAAUCUCAACGGUUAUACUGAGCAAGAGAUCCUUUCCCGAGUACCGAACAGUCCAUCACGAAAAACUAAGCCUAAUGAAAUCACUGAGCCACAAAGAGUCAACCUUGAUAUCAGGAAGAUGCUUCAGACGUUGAAAGAGCAGAUAGGUAUCGUGUUGAGAACUAAGCCUGCUAGAGAGACAAUUUCUUCAGCAGACGAAUUGACUGAUCCGGCAGCGCAACCUGUGAUUUGGAUCAGCAAGUGGGUGGACUAUUCGGAUAAGUACGGUUUCGGGUAUCAAUUGUCUGAUGAUAGCGUCGGCGUGAUGUACAACGAUGGCACGCGGUUGAUCAUGAUGGCGAAUGGUUACAAUAUUCAUUAUAUCAAUCGUGAGGGCGAUGAGUUGUACUACACGGUCAAGGAUUGUCCGAUCAAUCUUGAAAAGAAAAUGAAACUGAUGAACUUCUUUAUGAAAUACAUGAAUGAGCAUCUGAUGAAGGCGGGUGGCUCUAUCACGGUGAAACAGAGUGACUCUCUAUAUAGAAUACCUUAUAUACACCAGUGGUUUAGGACUCAGACAGCUGUGGUAAUGCAACUGACCAAUGGCACAGUGCAAAUCAACUUCCUAGAUCAUGCAAAGAUCAUUAUGUGUCCAUUGAUGACGGCAGUUACCUAUAUCGAUCACGACAAGAACUUCAAGACUUAUAGAUUCCAGACCAUUCAGGAAAAUGGUUGUUGUAAAGGAUUGGCGGACAAUCUGUUGUAUGCGUAUGAGAAGAUCAAACUGAUGCUGCAGAAUUCUCAUAUUCGAUAAAAAAAAGAUGAUAAAAUCAUCUAUGCCACGAAAACCGAGAAAGAAAGAAGAGAAAUAGCAAGUGCCGUGCCUCUCUUAGUACUAUCAAUUUAGAGGAACGCGACAUAUAUGUAUUUAUUUUCUGAUAACGCUGUUUUAUAGCGAAAGAGAAAAAGACAUUGAUAAAUAGAGAGAAAAAGAGAGCGAGAGAGAGAGAGAGAGAGAGAGAUAUGGACGAAUGGAAGUCAUGACCAUACAUGAUUUUUUUUGCCCAAUUUUUAUACAGACGUAUAGAAUUUUGCUAGGCGAUCUUUUUUCUUUCUUUUUUUUAAUCAUUUACGAAAGAGAGAGAGAGGACCAAUCGCGCAACCAAGGUUAAACAUUUCGCGAGAAGACAUCCGACAUCCUACCGUUAUUAGGUAUGUCGUACAUAUUACUUAAAGUCAAUUGAUUGGAUGUCCUUAAUCUUCCGUCUAUUUUCAACGACUGAAAUCGCGAUUUCUAAAAUCUCAGUUCUACUAAUAUUUAGGAUUCUAAACUGAAACUCUUAUUCAUAUAUCCAUCAUAGAGUCCGGCCUAUUGCCUUCGAUUCUUAUUAGGGAUCUUUCGAGAGACUCAUCGUUGAUUCGCAAUGACCGCCUAAAAGAUACUCUGCUCUGACUUUGCAAGUGAAUUAAAUUCGAUCCAGAGAUUUAGCAUCGUGUUUAUCACAAGAAAAAGAAAAAAAAAGGAACGACGCGGUGUAUGUGGGAAUUGUGAUUCGACUGUGAGUGGUGCAAUCUAACGUCUGAUUUCAUUGUCGUAAUCGAGAUGAAAGACCUGCAAAGGCUAGUCCUACAACUGAUGCAGUGUUUAUUCUUCGCUUCCGAAGAUUUGCUGAGAGCUUACACGCGGAUCCGUUCGAAGCAAUGCGACUUGGACCACCAAGCGAUUGAUAAUCUCUAAACAAUAGCUGUUAAAUUGUAAUAAAGACGGUGUGUAAAUUUAGGCGCGUUUAUCAAAGAUGUUCGAGAUGAGACUGUUCCAAACGAAUUUUGACUUGUUUAUGGCUUAAAUGUUUCAGUUGUGAUGUAUCAGUAAUCGAAAGUAUGUUAAUCAUUUCAAGGAAUUUAAGAACGAAUAACAAAUGACGAUUAAAUAAAUUACAUCGUGAUUAUUUCUUUUAUCACUAUUUCAUUUACAGACACUUCACGUAUUCAGUAAAGUAAUACAUCGGUCAGUUUAGGUCUAUAAAAAAUAUAGUUUUUGUACAACACACCGCAUAUAUGCAGAGAUAAUCGCUUAUUCAUCCUCAAUUCUUGCACACACUCGUAUAAAGGUAAUUUCUACAAAAUGAGUUUCGAAAGUACUUUUUAUGGAACAUUUUUGAUUCCUAAUUUAAGCUGCGCGUUGUUGCCAAAAA